CAUAAUUUCCUCCAUGACGUCACGUGAACAGUCAGCUGAGGGAGGAACUCCGACAACAGAAACUCAACCAGGAAGCUGCUAAGCCACUGUGUCGCUCUCACCGACGUUUAUUUUUAAGAAUCAUCGCCAUGGCUUCUCUUUUCAAGAAAAAGACUGUCGACGAGAUCAUCAGGGAACAGUCGAAGGAGCUGCGCGGCACUCAAAGACAGAUCACCCGGGAGCGAGCUGCGCUGGAGAAGCAGGAGAAGCAAAUGGAGGCAGAAAUUAAGAAAAUGGCUAAGAGCGGUAACAGAGAUGCUUGUAAGACCCUCGCCAAGCAGCUGGUCCAGAUCAGGAAACAGAAGAACCGCACGUAUGCCGUCAGCUCCAAGGUCACUUCCAUGUCCACACAGACCAAGAUGAUGAACUCCCAAAUUAAGAUGGCCGGCGCCAUGUCCACUACAGCAAAGACGAUGCAAACGGUGAACAAAAAGAUGGAUCCACAGAAGACUCUGAAGACGUUGCAGGAGUUCCAAAAAGAGAACAUGAAGAUGGGCAUGACCGAGGACAUGAUUAAUGACACUCUGGAUGAAAUGUUUGAGGAAUCUGGAGACGAAGAGGAAUCUCAGGACAUUGUUAACCAGGUUCUGGAUGAGAUCGGCAUUGAGAUCUCAGGAAAGAUGGGGCGCGCUCCAGCUGCAGGGAAGAGCCUCCCCAGUGCUUCGUCCUCCAAAGCCACGAUCUCAGACGACGAGAUCGAGAGACAGCUGCGAGCCCUGGGAGUCGAUUAAUGCUCUUCCUCCGUAUUAAUGUUCCAAACUUGGCGCAACGUUAAUACUGAUUGAUAACUCUUAGGAACUCUCUCUUUUUUCGUUUUUUUUCUUUGAUCGAAUUCUUCGGGUGCAAUGGCAACACUCAUUGAAAAGCAUGCUGACAGCAUAUAAUGGAACAUUGUCAGACUUGAUGGUAAUAAAGGCGGAGCGGUUUGAGUCGGAAGGGCUACGGUGACUAUUGUGAUAAUCUGGCUGUCGUUGGUGUGCAGAUAUAUUUAAAAGGCACCAGAUGUAAACAUCUUUUUUUAUUGUUUUUUUUUUGGAGGUGGACGAGUCUCCCAGUUUCUAUUCAUUCUGGAGGGACGCUUGAACUGGAAAUAUGCAAAUGUAUAGCUCAAACAUGGAGCGGAAUGGAUCGUCUAAUCCAGAAAAAAAAUUCAUAAGAGUCGCAUAUCACUAAGGUGUGAAUCAGUUCUUUGUAAAUCAGCUUGUUGGGGACUUCCUUCUCGUGUGUCUUGUAUAAUAGACUGGGUCUUCAUACUGUGAUUGCAGCUCUCCACUGGCCCUGCAGUCCUUCCUCUCUUUCAGCUGCUGUGCAGUUAUUGUCUCCUUUUUUUUUUUAGUUAUUUAAGCUGCCUCGCUCCCAAACUAAUGCUGUGGUGCAUCAGAAACACGUGGAUUGUAACCACACUGUGACAGAGAAAAAGGUCUCUUUCAUGUGUCACAUCAGUUUGUCCCAUGAUUUAUAUUGCCAAAAGUCGUACUCUUGCAUGUGACUUUUACUAACACGGUCAUCGACAGCAGGAGGUCAGAUACCUGUUUUCUUGAAGCGGAAAUUUGACCCACUUUCACGGCAACUGUUGGAAGAUUUUACCUCUAAAACUGUUAUUGUAAAUUAUCAAUGUAAAUGGGCUUUUAUAACUAAUAAAGUUUC